AUGAUGGACUACGAUCCUAUGGUGAUGGAUGACGCCGAGUCAUUAGGACCGGCCGUCAAAAUUUCCCAAGCAGACUCGACGCGCGUCAAGUUCGAGCUCUCCAAUGCUGACCUCUCCUUCGCCAACUCUCUCCGCCGCGUUAUGCUAGCUGAGAUCCCCACGAUUGCUAUUGACCUAGUCGAAAUUGAAGUCAACACUUCCGUCCUUGCCGACGAAUUUAUCGCCCACCGCCUGGGCUUGAUCCCGCUCAACGCUGAAGGCGUCGACCAACUCCUAUAUUCGCGCGACUGCGAUUGCGACGGCUACUGCGAACAGUGUAGUGUACGGCUGUCGCUCCAUGCUAAGUGCACGGGCGAUGAGAACAUGCACGUCUUCUCCCGCGAUCUUGUUCCAGUCGGCGAGCGCGUGAACCAGAACCUCGGCACCCCCAUCAUCAACGACCCCGAUGGCCUCGGCCCGCUCAUCCUGAAGUUGCGCCCUGGCCAGGAGAUCAAGCUCGAGUGCAUAGCCAAGAAGGGAAUCGCCAAAGAGCACGCAAAGUGGGCGCCCUCGGCGGCCAUCGGCUUCGAGUAUGACCCGCACAACAAGCUGCAUCACCUGGACCUGUGGUAUGAGCAGGAUCCCAAGGCGGAAUGGCCCCCAAGUGAGUACGCCGAGUGGGAAGAGCCUCCCCAGGAAGGCGAGCCCUUCGACUACGACGCGGUCCCGAACCGGUUCUACUUCAACGUCGAGUCGGCCGGCCCGCUGCCGCCGGACGCGAUCGUGCAGGAGGGCAUCAAGGUGCUGCAGCAGAAGCUGGCCGGCCUGAUCCACGAGCUGACCGAGGGCGACAGCGGCGGCGCGAACGGCGACUACCGCGGUCCUCGUAGCCCCGGCGGCGGAUUCGGCGCGGGCGGUGGUACGGAUGGGUUUGGUGGUGGGUAUACUACGCCGUUUGGCAACGGCGGGAACCAGAGCUCGUGGGGCGGUGCGGCUGGCGGGACGACACCGUAUGGGCAGACGCCAUAUGGUGUUGGGGCGGGCGGUUGGCCUUGA